AUGGGCGAUAAAACGAUAAGCGCGGCUAUUGAUAAGAUAAGGACAAAGACUAUGCCUCAGGCCUCAGGUCCAGAUCGUGCCGACCUCGUCCGUUUCGCCUCUAUCAAACCUCGUGUUCUAGACCAGCUUGUAUCAGCUAGCUCGUCACCCAAAUCUCCGUAUCCGGUGACAUAUGGAGCGGACAAGAUGCUGGCACCAUUUGCCACCUGCGCGGAGCCCACGACACCCCGGACGAGCCGAGCCCUCACGAAACAACACCGGUUCCGCUCCUUGACAGGGUGCCUCACAUGUCGCCAGCGCAAGAAAAAAUGCGACGAGAGAAAACCAAAAUGCAUUGGGUGCACACGUAACGGCUUACAAUGUGCCUGGCCGGUUGCUGGUACGAGCUCAAAACCUCCAAAAUCAGUACUCCGAGCUGCGUCACGGGAUUGUAAAGAUAGUCCAGAUCAGCUCGACCCAUCGGCUCGAUGGUCGAAUCUCACUGGCUCGUUUGUGUCUCUAACGAGAGCAUCCACACUUACGGGGACAUCAAGCCUUCUCUUUACACAUUAUAUAACUGAAACGGCCAACGUUCUGUCUUCCUUUUCUCCAGAUGGAAACAACCCGUUUGUGACUUUACUCGUGCCUCUAUGCUGCAAUGAUGACCUGCUCAUGCAUUCGUUGCUGGCGCUUAGUGGAGCCCACAUGAAGUUCCGCAACCCUGGGAUCGAGACGCUAUCUGGAGAUGAUCAAGGGGCAAUGUUCAGCCACCUCCGCGCAAGCCGCCAACUAAUUCUCCGAUUAGCAGAUGGUCCACUGUCAUCCAGCACCAAUGAAAACGGACGCCUGUUUGCAUUUGUCUUGGAAAUAUACCGCUUUCUCAUCCUAAGUAACAAUAUUAUCCCCUACGGAGCUAUCAAUCGCCGAACCGUGCCUCACGACACCUUCCUCGAUGGCAUACUCGGCACAAUGAACCAUUUUGACACAUGGGGAGUUAUCUUCGGCGACAGCCAUGGCUUGUUCGAACUUUUGCCUGACAUCGCAGUUCUUGCGGCCCGACGUCUCACAGAGCAAACCGCUUCACAGGCGAGCUUAGAGAUGCAACAAGCACUCUACGCCCGAAUAAUCGAAUGGAAGCCCCCAGAAUCUACAGCCACCAAUCAAAAAUGCCUGCCCCAACGAGAUACCGCACUGAAUCUCUGCCGGGAGGCUGCUCUGCUCUAUCUUGAGACGGCAAUGGCCCCAGACGCAUUAAACGACACUGUAACGUUGGCGAGAGUACAGAAGCAUAUUGAUAACAUCAUGCUAUACGCAGAGCAGGCUGCUGGAUCCCCUUACGAGACCAUAUUUCUGGGUCCUCUGAUAAUCGUCGGCUCCUGCAUGUUGCAAGCUGAACAACGACAGCUACUUCUAGAUAGCCUGAGGUCUAACAGAUUCCACAUGAAUCACUGCUUACAGGCUGCUUCGCUUCUUGAGCAGCUUUGGAAUGACCGGAGUGGACGUUUAUUCGGGCCAUAUGGUUUAGCGAUUAUCAUGCGCCGUCGUGGGAUCAAUUUAGGCAUUGCAUGA